AUGGUAUGGAAAGUUUGGCUUUAUAUUUGUUUCGCAAUGGCAUCUGCUCAUAAAGCUGUAAGCGCAAUUUAUAUCACUAUCAACACUAUUGAAAAUGCCCAGAUGCUGGCUAGAGGACUAGUAGAAAACCAGCUGGCAGCAUGUGUCAACAUUAUUCCAGGAAUCCAAAGCAUCUACAAAUGGGAAGGCGUGAUUAAUCAAGACCAAGAGCUUCUAUUGAUGGCCAAAACAAGGACAGAAUUAAUUGAUGAAUUAACUUCAUGGGUUAAGCGAAAUCACCCCUAUCAGGUAUGUGAAGUGAUUUCUGUCCCAAUCACAGGGGGAAAUCUAGAUUAUAUUCAAUUCCUGCUUAAUAACACUAAAGACGCUUCAAUUGAAUAA